GGGCAGGAGCUGGAGCUCCGUGCCGCCUGUUCUCCCGCCUUCAUUUCCCAUCGUGCUGAGGCGGGUGGCAUGGCGGAGAAGGAUGACACCGGAGUUUGACGAAGAGGUGGUUUUUGAGGUUCGGCCAGUGGGAAGGACCUGCAGAUCAGAGGAUGGAGGAAAGAGCGCCAGAGAGAAUUCUCCACUUUACCAAUACUUACAGGAUCUGGGACACACGGACUUUGAAAUAUGUUCUUCUUUGUCACCAAAAACAGAAAAAUGCACAACAGAGGGACAACAAAAGCCUUCUACAAGAGUCCUACCAAAACAAGGUAUCCUGUUAAAAGUGGCUGAAACCAUCAAAAGUUGGAUUUUUUUUUCUCAGUGCAAUAAGAAAGACGACUUACUUCACAAGUUGGAUAUUGGAUUCCGACUCGACUCAUUACAUACCAUCCUGCAACAGGAAGUCCUGUUACAAGAGGAUGUGGAGCUGAUUGAGCUACUUGAUCCCAGUAUCCUGUCUGCAGGGCAAUCUCAACAACAGGAAAAUGGACACCUUCCAACACUUUGCUCCCUGGCAACCCCUAAUAUUUGGGAUCUCUCAAUGCUAUUUGCCUUCGUUAGCUUGCUUGUUAUGCUUCCCACUUGGUGGAUUGUGUCUUCCUGGCUGGUGUGGGGAGUGAUUCUAUUUGUGUAUCUGGUCAUAAGAGCUUUGAGAUUAUGGAGGACAGCCAAACUACAAGUGACCCUAAAAAAAUACAGUGUUCAUUUGGAAGAUAUGGCCACAAACAGCCGAGCUUUUACUAACCUCGUGAGAAAAGCUUUACGUCUCAUUCAAGAAACCGAAGUGAUUUCCAGAGGAUUUACACUUUUGCUUGACAGGGUCAGUGCUGCUUGCCCAUUUAAUAAAGCUGGACAGCAUCCAAGUCAGCAUCUCAUCGGUCUUCGGAAAGCUGUCUACCGAACUCUAAGAGCCAACUUCCAAGCAGCAAGGCUAGCUACCCUAUAUAUGCUGAAAAACUACCCCCUGAACUCUGAGAGUGACAAUGUAACCAACUACAUCUGUGUGGUGCCUUUUAAAGAGCUGGGCCUUGGACUUAGUGAAGAGCAGAUUUCAGAAGAGGAAGCACAUAACUUUACAGAUGGCUUCAGCCUGCCUGCAUUGAAGGUUUUGUUCCAACUCUGGGUGGCACAGAGUUCAGAGUUCUUCAGACGGUUAGCCCUAUUACUUUCUACAGCCAAUUCACCUCCUGGGCCCGCCCUUACUCCAGCACUUCUGCCUCAUCGUAUCUUAUCUGAUGUGACUCAAGGUCUACCUCAUGCUCAUUCUGCCUGUUUGGAAGAGCUUAAGCGCAGCUAUGAGUUCUAUCGGUACUUUGAAACUCAGCACCAGUCAGUACCACAAUGUUUAUCCAAAACUCAACAGAAGUCAAGAGAACUGAAUAAUGUUCACACAGCAGUGCGUAGCUUGCAGCUCCAUCUGAAAGCAUUACUGAAUGAGGUAAUAAUUCUUGAAGAUGAACUUGAAAAGCUUGUUUGUACUAAAGAAACACAAGAACUAGUGUCAGAGGCUUAUCCCAUCCUAGAACAGAAAUUAAAGUUGAUUCAGCCCCACGUUCAAGCAAGCAACAAUUGCUGGGAAGAGGCCAUUUCUCAGGUCGACAAACUGCUACGAAGAAAUACAGAUAAAAAAGGCAAGCCUGAAAUAGCAUGUGAAAACCCACAUUGUACAGUAGUACCUUUGAAGCAGCCUACUCUACACAUUGCAGACAAAGAUCCAAUCCCAGAGGAGCAGGAAUUAGAAGCUUAUGUAGAUGAUAUAGAUAUUGAUAGUGAUUUCAGAAAGGAUGAUUUUUAUUACUUGUCUCAAGAAGACAAAGAGAGACAGAAGCGUGAGCAUGAAGAAUCCAAGAGGGUGCUCCAAGAAUUAAAAUCUGUGCUGGGAUUUAAAGCUUCAGAGGCAGAAAGGCAGAAGUGGAAGCAACUUCUGUUUAGUGAUCAUGGGGUAAAGUCCGCAUGGAAUUAGAGGGGGAAAGUCUGCACUGGAACCUGCUGUGGCCAUUUUUUUGUUGUUGUUGCUGCUUCUCUAGUGGAGUUACUGCAGCUUAGGGAUGGUUCCUGGAAGUGGACACAUUUUACAAAAACGUUUUUUAAAUACACGCCAGCUCUUCGAGAAGCACUUUUUUCCUUCCGUCAUGCUUCAUACUAUAUUGUAUUAUACUAACCCCUCAUGCUGGGAUGAGCGACUGCCUAGCAAGCAACCCACUGCCUACUAACAUCAAGAGGGGCUAAAUAAAACUGCAUUUUCCUUGCAAGGACAACUUCUACCGUAUGAAUAUAUAUUAUAUUUAUGUAUUAUAUUUUGUACAAUAGUUGAUCUUGAAUGCAGACUUUAUUUCAUUUGUAUUUUUCGUGGUACUACAAAAUGUGUAGAAGUUAUGGCUUUACUUUCAUUAGGGUCUUGUUAGGUGGUUGGCAAGUAAGUUAAAUUGUAUGUUGCAUUUUUUUCCAUGCUGUUUUAACUUGUAAAUAUGUAUGUAUACAUGUGGAAGAUAUUAUUAUUAUUAUUAUCUAGAUUACUUUAAGCCUUUUAUCUAACGUAUUAUCAGUGAAAACCAUGCUGCUCAUUCCCUAAUACAAUGGUUCUCAAACUUUAGUGUGUAUCAGAAUCAAGAUGAGGGCUUGUAAAAUAUAGCUGGUCCCUACUCCCAGAGUUUCCAUUUCAGGAGGUCUGGGAUCAGGCCCAAGAAUUUGCAUUUUUAACAAAUUCCUAGGUGAUAACUGAUAAUGUUGGUUCAGGGAACACACUUUCAGAACCACUGCUUUAAUAUUUUAAAUAAGAUAAUAUGUGAGGUGUCAUAAAAACCUUCAUCAAAUCCCCAUCUCAUUUCAUUUCUUAGGCAUUUUCUCUCUUAUCAAGUUUCCUGGAUUUAUAAAUUUUCAUUGAUUUUACUAGAAAGUUUUAUUUAGCUUUUAUUUAUUUAUUGUUCUUUUUAAGAAAAAACUUAAACUGAGGGUUUAAUUAAAAGUUUAAAUCAUUGCUAGGUCCUUAGUUAUUUUUUUUUUCUUUUUUCUUUUUUUUUAUUUGAAGCCGUGUUGAAAUCCUUGUCUCCUGUAGACCCAGUGGAACCCAUAAGUAAUUCAGAACCAUCAAUGAAUUCAGAUAUGGGAAAAGUCAGUAAAAAUGAUACGGAAGAGGAAAGUAGUAAAUCCGCCACAACAGACAAUGAAAUAAGUAGGACUGAGUAUUUAUGUGAAAACUCUCUAGAAGGUAAAAAUAAAGAUAAUUCUUCAAAUGAAGUCUUCCCCCAAGGAGCAGAAGAAAGAAUGUGUUACCAAUGUGAGAGUGAAGAUGAACCGCAAGCAGAUGGAAGUGGUCUGACCACUGCCCCUCCAACUCCCAGGGACUCAUUACAGCCCUCCAUUAAGCAGAGGCUGGCACGGCUACAGCUGUCACCAGAUUUUACCUUCGCUGCUGGCCUUGCUGCAGAAGUGGCUGCUAGAUCUCUCUCCUUUACCACAAUGCAGGAACAGACUUUUGGUGAUGAGGAGGAAGAACAAAUAAUAGAAGAAAAUAAAAAUGAGAUAGAAGAAAAGUAAGAACCAAGAUUCAUACGAAGUGAUAUUAGAUUGUUCCUUAUACAAAAGUGUUUAGCUUCAAGACUGGAAAGGGAAUAUGAGUGUAAGUUUACUAUAUAUAAAGCUAAGAUAUGGAUUUACAGGAAGAACCCUGGUUUGAAUAACUGAUCUGAAAUUAGUAGUUACCUGUAAAUGGCAGAUCUUUUAGGAAAAUAAGAGAAAGGUAAGGGCUCUUUUGAAUAAACUGCUGUUUUAUUUGUGGCACAACUGAUCAAUCUUGGAAAUUCUUUAAGUAUUUUUAAUAAGAAAUGAAUUAUCAUUUCUUGCCAGAAUUUGCUACCAUAAGGUGAUUGGGAAAAUUCUGUUGCAAGAACAUUAACAUUUAGUAUGACUCCUUUUUACUGUAUUCUUGCAGUUAAUAACUGCAGCUAUUAUGUUAAUAACAAGUUGUUUGUAUUUUAUUUUUGUUUAUACCAGUCUUAAAGAUCCAGGUUCUGAAUAAAAAAAUUAAUUGAUACAA